CUUUGUCUAUUGGGGACGAAUAGUAACCGGUAAAAACCCAUUUUCUUGGAAAUCUGAUAUACCACAUGUAUAUAUAGAUGGUACGUUUAUAAUCGGAAGGACUUUACAUCUGAAAACCUCGAAAAAAAAACAAUAUAGAAGAUGGAGCUGCAUUUGUUGUGUUUUUUGGUGUUAAUGAUGAUGAGUCGGUUUGGAUGCCAUGGUGCAAGUUACCAAGAAAAUAAAUUAGAGAGUUUCGAAGAAAGGGUUUUUGCCCAUGUUGCUAAUUUUACACCAGCAUUUGCAAAAAGUUCCUUGGAAGAUCGAAUGUAUGACUUAAACACUCGUUUUCUGUCCAUAAUGAUUAACAAAGUUGUGAAGGGUGAUGCAAAAAUAUGGAGUAAACUUGAAGUGGAAAGGAGGUCAUACAGUGAAGCAAUUGAAAAACUUAAAACUGAGUAUUAUGAGGAAAUUCAGACGGUAGAUAGACUGCAAAGCGAGGUCAUCACUCUAGAGACGCAAACUGUAAGAUUGAAAGAAAGUGUUGAAGAUUUCAAAACUAAGUACCAACACAUGUUGGAUAACUAUAUGAAGCAAUCCGAGACUAUCAAUGAACUUGAAUUAAAACUGCGAAACACAGAGCAAACAAUUGAGCAGACAAAACAAGAAUAUGUUGAAGUGGAAGAAAAAAAUACCGCAUUAAAAGAGAAGUACUAUAGGCAAGAGAUUACCACCAAGAUAACGGAAAAGAGAAUGGAGGCAUGUGAACGAAAACUUAAGCUAUUUGAAUCCGUUCGGGUACAGCCGGAGACUGCGGAGGAACUUAUAGAAGUAUCCUUGAGGGAUAUUUCCAGAUUGAUUUACAAUAUGCAAUCUACAUUCUGGACGAAAGUACAAAACUACUUUACAAAGCUAGAGGCAGAAUUUAAAACUGAAGUAACUAAUGUAAAGAAGAACGAGUUUUCAAAGUAUGGUAAACUUGUCAUUGAGCAGAAGGAAGAAUUUGAGAGACAGAUAAGUAAUGUCUACAAAGAAAAACAGGAAGAUUCCAGAACAAUUUCCAAACUAAGAGAAGAAAGAAAUAUGCUUCAAGAGAAACUAGCCAUAAUUAAAGUACAAAUUGAGGAGUAUAAGUCAACAAUAGAGGUUACUUCAACACAAACAACCACUUUUGACAUAGUUCUGAAUGUAAGACGUGAGGAAGACGAAGGAAUGCGUGAACAAGUAAACUUUUAUGAAGUUUUGACAGAAUUAGGUGAAGAAGAGGAAAGCGCAAUGACAGCAGAAAAAAUGACGAUGAGAUGGGAAGAUUUGAAGACGUGGUUUAGUCAAGAUCCUCCAGAAUUCAUAAGACAAAGACUUGAAUCAGCCAGAACCUUACUUGACAACCCUACGACAAGACAGGAGGCUGAUUUGGAAUAUUCACAGGUUCAGGAAAGCCUAGAUCAGCAAAUGAAAAUGGAAGGCAAGGACCUCGAGUGAAACAUGUGAUUAGAAAGCCUAGACCAGCAAGUAACGUAAAUAAAAGGCAAAAUAAAAUUUGUGAAAGUCAAAAUGACAUUAAUAAAAAGCAAGUAGAAACUCGAUGGAGACAUGUUAUAAGUCUAAUUCUCUUUUUUAUAUUUUUAUUUUUUAGCCCUUUUUUCAGAGUUUAAUAAAAGAAAAUAAUGAUU